AGUCGAGUAAACGCUUCCGAACGAGACUCAUCGCUUCACUGCCUCUGCUGCAGUUUGACUUCCACUGCAAACGAAAAACAUGAAAAUAAUUUGGCUAUGCUUUCUUUUUGCAGUGGCCGCAAUCUGUGCCCAGCAGGCAGGUGCUGCCUCGACACAGGUGCCCUGUGAUCUGCGAGAGACAGUGCAUGGCAGUGUUUGUGUGUGCAACAGCACCUACUGCGAUUACUUGGAGCAGCCGGAACUUAAUGAGGGCUCAAAGAUUGUCGUGAUUAGCUCCAGCAAGGAUGGCCUGCGCUUCCAAGUAACCACUGGGGACCUUUCCAGCAAGAGGCCUUUGGUGGUGGAAGACAAACAGUCGACUGAUGAGAACUUUCACGCCGAGGCCAUUGUUGUGGAUCAGCACAGAGCCUGGCUGAAUUUGGCAAGCAUUCCCCAACGAUUGUUUAUCAAUGCCAGCGUGAAGACUGUAAGAGUUUCGGUUGAACGGGAGCUGCGUUAUCAGAAUGUAAGCAUCUUUGGCGGGGCCUUCACUGGAACUGUCUCACAUUUACUCCAGCAACUGCCGCCCGGCCUGCAGGAUCAUGUCUACAAAUCAUAUUUCCACAAGGAUGGCAUUGCCUACAACAGCAUCCGCAUGUCCAUAGGAGGAUGUGACUUUGAUUUGGAGCCCUGGGCCUACAACGAGCUGCCACGCAAUGAUGCCAGCCUGUCGAAUUUUACUGAACUCGAUCCGCGAGAUCUGCAGAAAAUUGAACAACUGAAACGCCUCAAGAGCGUGGCCCAAAUGGAGGAGCUGAAAAUCAUGGCCGCUGCCUGGAGUGCGCCUCCCUGGAUGAAGACCAACGACCGCUGGACAGGUUUUGGCCAGCUAAAAACGGAAUACUACCAGACCUGGGCCCUCUAUCAUCUCAAAUUUCUCGAACUGAUGCAGUCUAAAAAUAUGCCGAUUUGGGCCAUAUCCACUGGCAAUGAGCCGCUAAACGGCGUCAUCGGCUUCUUCUUUGUGCACUUCAUGAGCAUGGGCUGGACGCCCUGGCAGCAGGCAAUAUGGCUGAGCGAUCAUCUAGGUCCGACCAUUAGGAACUCGACGCAGCGGCCUGUGCUCAUCUUUGGCAACGAUGACCAGCGGUACACGUUUCCCUCGUGGUUCCACAAGAUGCGUUCAUCCCGCAGCAAUUCGUUGUCGUAUUUGGAUGGCCUGGCCGUCCACUGGUAUUGGGACGAGCUGGUUGGCCCCCAGCUCAUUGAUCACGCACACAGGGAGCUGCCCAAUAAGCUGCUGCUCAACACAGAGUCCUGCAUUGGCGACAAACCCUGGCAGACGCACGGACCCGAGCUGGGCAGCUGGCAGCGUGGCGAGAAUUAUAUGCGUGCCUAUAUUCAGGAUUUUCAACACAAUUUCAACGGAUGGCUGGACUGGAAUCUAGUGCUGGACGAGAAGGGCGGACCAAACUAUGUGAGCAACUUUGUGGACGCACCGAUAAUUGUGAAUGCGACGAGUCGCACUGAGAUGUACAAGCAACCGAUUUACUAUGCCAUCGGGCACUUCUCCAAGUUUCUGCCGGCGCAAUCGGUGCGCAUCGAGACGCGGAUCGAGGGCGAAAACAAUUCCUUUUCGCAGUUAAGUGUGGUGGGCUUCCAGCGUACGGACGGCAGUGUGGCGUUGAUCGUCUACAAUGGCCAAAAUCUGCCAGUGGAUGUGGCGCUCAAUGAUAGCCAAAGUGGUGCAUUUAAUCUACGCCUUCCGCCCCGCUCCUGGCACACAGUGCUCUAUAAAUGAGGUUCCGAGAAGUGCAUCGAGUGGAGUUUCAGAUAAGUUAAGUAAGGUUGCGAGUCCAGCUGCCGCUGCCCAAAGGACCAAUUAGGAUAGACGACAUGUCUCAUGUUUGCGCGACACCACAGCUCAAGUGACAACAAAACGGAAGCCAAUAAAUUGCCCUCAACAGGAUGGGCAUUGGGCAUGGGGAGGGGGAUGGCGAUGAGGAUGGAGGAUGUAAUGCUCGCUUGCAAGCAUCUCAUCUCUCUAUGACAACGGAAAUUUGUUUAAGCUGCUCAAUUUGCCGUAACGCGUCUGUUUACAAUGAAAUUUCAUUUGCCGUUUAAUGCUCUUUCCCGCCUCUCCAACUAGAACCCGAAUCUGUUUUAUCUGGGGAUGGGGGAACGGCAAAGUACAAACGGCCACUAGUAGGCAGCAUAUAGAUAUUUAUAUUUCGGAUCAAGUUGAGUGACAACUGCCAGUCGAGCGGCAACAACCGAAAAAUAUCUGGCUGGCAUGCAUCUUUUUUUUUUUAGUUUUACUCUAGGAAUUAGUUUUUCUUUUUUUGUGUUGUUCAAUAUAUGUAUAUGUAUGCUCUAUAAAUAUGAUUGUCAAUUGAGCGCUAA